GUAGUGAAGACUAGCAUCGAGCAAUUAGAUAAUUUAUUGUCAUUUUUGGCAGUAAGAAUGAGGCAGGAGACAUGGAGUGAAGUUGCGGAGGAAGGCAGGCAGGGCAGGGUGCAGGAGCUUAGGGACUGUGAGAUGAUGUCAGGCCCAACUGCCCUGACAAGGAGUUCUCUGCUGCCCCCUUCUGGACCCUGCCAGCUAGAGCCCAGUGAGACCUGGGGUGGACAGGGACGACCCAUGUUUACCACCCAGUGUUCCCAGCCAACGGAACAGGGUGUUUCAAGAAGUGAGGCACCCAGAUUGGAGACCGAAUGGGGGAAGCACUGGGCUCAGGGACCGUCGGGAGAAAAGGUGUGGUCCCUGACGUGUGCGGUCCCCAGCGGAUGGAGUACAGCCAUGGGGAAACCUGUGCUGCCUUCUCAGUGGGCCUUGGCCCACCAUGCAGAGCGGACUGGCACCAAGAACCUGGGGGUCGACACAGCCUGGAAUGGAGAAGAGGAUGUUGACAGUGUAAUGCAGGUCUGGGCCCAUGAUGGAAGCGGACCGUUGGCUGAUUCAGAGUGUGCGUCAGGACCCUGUGACCGGAAUAGGUUCAGCAAGAAGGAUGUAGUGCAGGGGGCUCCGGCGGUGCGGGAGGAAGACAAGAGAAGGGUCGGCGGAGGCAGCAGCGAAGGACAGGCAUGCAAAAUAGAUGAGAGUCUGGCUGCCUGUGGAGCGGGAUACAGCCCCCCCCUCAGAACCCAGACCACCUUCCUGUCUUCGCUGGUCCAUGGCCCGCCUCAGCGUAACAGCCCGAAUGCUGGGAUUCACCAUGGCUUUCUGAAGAGGAAAUGUGUCCCUUCAAUCCCUAAGAAAUCCGUCAGGUGGGCACCCCCACCAUCUCAGGCAGCUCACCGGCCGGAUAGGCAGACAUCACAAGAUGCUUCUCUGGACUGUGAAGUCCUUGGUGUGAGGAGAGAAGGUCGGGCUGCCCUCGGGACUGAAGGAGCACCGCACACCCUACAGGGGGCGCCACACCUUGCAGCAGCUGCCAAGGCACUGAGAAUUGGAGGUGCCUCCAAACCAGGCCUCGAUGUGCAGCAUGAGGACAGCCGGGUGGCCCACGGCUCUGCAGAAGGAGCUCCCAGCAGAGAGACGCUUCUCAGACCACCGCUGUUCCUGAACUCCGACUCCAGGGUGCGCAACGUCUGCCGGCUGAGUGAGAAGGAGCGCGCCCAGCUCCUGCAGGAGGUCAGCCAAGUGCCAGCAUUGGCCCUCACUCUGGUGUUCCAGGACGGCACCACCCAACUGGACCCGGAGCCGAAGUCCUUCCCAUCUGUCUCUGGGAUCCUGGUUCUGCUAAAGAGCGAGCCGGAUGCGGCACUAUCUGACCAUGGCCCUGGUGCAGGAGAUAGCCUCAUCUACCUGAGGCUGGACCUGCAGCAGACAGAACAGAAUAUGGAUCUCUUUACCAGGGACCUGGUACUGCAGGUGGUGACUGGGGCCCAGCAGGCCGUGUGCUACAAAGCUAAGGAGCUGCUCCGUGCCGCCCUACAGCACUGCGGGGGGUGUCUGAGCUGGAAGCAAGGCAGGCUGGGGGGGCUGGCAUAG